GACUUCUGACUUGCUAUGUCCGUGAACAAUAUGUCGAACCCACAGAGGCCCAACAAAGUGCUGAGGUACAAGCCCACACCGAGCGAGUGUAACCCAGCCCUGGAUGAUCUGACACCAGACUACAUGAGCCUGCUUGGCAUGAUCUUCAGCAUGUGCGGCCUCAUGCUGAAGCUGAAGCGGUGUGCUUGGGUCGCUGUCUAUUGCUCCUUCAUCAGCUUUGCGAACUCCCAGAGCUCUGAGGACACAAAGCAGUUGAUGAGUAGCUUCGUGCUGUCCAUCUCUGCCGUGGUGAUGUCAUAUCUUCAGAACCCUCAGCCCAUGAUGCCCCCCUGGUGAUAUCAGCCUAGAAGG